AUGGGGCUGGUUCACCGGGCACUAAUACAGGCCAUCGUUAAGACGGCCUGUGGGGCGCAGCCGGGAAUGGGACCAAAAUUUUCGGGUUUCACCCACAAGAAAGGUUGGAUUAUGUCAAGGGAGGCUCUGACGCGGCAAUGGAGCCUGAACCACACCAACUCCAAUCCCCCCCAGUUCUCCACCUCUCGUAGUGAGACUGGAACGUCAUCAGUGAGAGUGACGAAGACCCAAGGCGCUGAUCUCGCCUCGAUACAAUCUCGAUACAAGAAAUGCACAGGAGCCAGAGAAAUCAUUUGCUCAGCCUAUCUUCCCGGAGAGAACGCAGAUCCUACCAUCGAGUUAGAGCGAGUGGCGCAGUUCGCCCGAAAACACAAAGCCAAACAUGUGGUGGGUUGUGAUGCUAAUGCUCACCACACAGCCUGGGGAAGCACCAACAUCAACGAAAGAGGUGAGUUACUUUAUGAUUUUCUCAUCUCCAACCGCCUGGUGAGCCUAAACUUAGGUUGUACACCAACCAUUGUAACGCGUGCUAGGCAAGAAGUGUUAGACAUACGAGUAACCUUUGCUACCAAUAACAUGUCGAGGCGGAUAAAUGACUGGCAUGAUAGUAGUGAAAAUUCGAUGUCUGAUCACAAACACAUUAAGUUUGUGAUUGGAGCAUUACCAACCUAUGAAACCUUUGCUUUUAGGGAUCCAAAAGCGACCUCCUGGGAUAUCUACAGAGAUAGACUAAGGAGGAAUUCGGUAACGUUUCCUAAAAGUAUAAAAACGAUUGAAGGUCUGGAGUUAGUGACGGAGACAGUAACCGCAGGCAUCCGUGAAGCCUUCGAGGUCAGUUGUCCCGUCAAAACCAAGACUUCACGACGAAAAGUUCCUUGGUGGAACACUAAGCUAAAAAAAACUUAG